CAAGAAUGUACUUGGUUCCUUCACAUCGUCCCAGACAACUUAAGGGAGAACCAUUCAAAGACUCAAGGUCACCAUGCUGGUUCAGAAUUGUGCUUGGAUUUCCUGUGUAAUACUUGCAUGUCACAUCACGCUACAGGUAUUUGGUCAAGGGUCAAACCGAUUAAAGCUGACAGUCUUGUCAGAAGACAGGUUACAGAUGAAAUGGAAAGAAACAGAGGGAAACACAAAUGGGUACAAAGUGCGUGUGAAGCCAAUGGCAGGUGACUCUGAACAGGAAGUCAUGUUGAAAACCAAGACAGCUAAAGUGACUGUGGGGGGACUGAGUCCCACAAAAGAGUACACCUUACAAAUCUACGUCUUGAAUGGUUCUCAGGAGGCUCUCUUUGUCAAGAGGAGAUUUGUGAUAGACGAAUUGAAGAACCUCUCCCAAGCAAGAAGCAAUAGACGGCAUCCAACAAGUGCCCCAGAAAAGGCAGAGACAUUGUUGGGGGUCACAACAGCUCAAUAUAUUCUAGAGACGUAUACCACUUCAUCAGCUGUCAGUGAAGUCUCAACUUUGAUAAGUAUGUUUGGGGCUCAAGGGAUCUAA